AUGCGGGCGGUGCAACGAACUAGGUCUAUCAGAGGAAUGUUCCUACAGACCGGAGGACAUGCCCCCUCCGCACAGCUCGUCACGCGGUAUGGCUCACUGCCCACCCCGCUGGUGGUCAUCCGGUCCACUGCAGUACCCAGUUCGACGUGGGACGGGUGGUCGGCGGCGCCGCCGCGUACCGCUAACGGGCAACGGAGCCAACCGCCGUAUCCGGAUCCGCUUGAUCUGUUUUCGUUUCGGGGUCCGCUGCGAGGGCAUGCUUCGUUAUCUGGACCGCUGAGGCAUCAUCCCGUCCAGCGGCAGAGUCAGGCUGAUGAUGAGGGAAUGAUCUCCGAUGAUGCAGAGAAGCAGGAGGAGGCCAUCGAGGUUCUGUCCAAUCGGUCGGAUGAGACGUUUCAUACGGCUACGCGCUCCCCGGCGCUUGACGCCGAUUCUGGAGUGAACGGCGGCUCUCAGUCGUUGCAGCUUUUGCGGUUACAACAGGCUGUGGAUUUGAGGACAGGCAGUGUCAAGAAGGAAGAGUCGAUAAGGGAUCGGCUACCGCGACUACAGCACUCGAACCUUGCGGGAGGGAUACUGGGCGACGACUCCGAGGAUGACACGAGGAGUUCUCCUGUUGAUCUGUCCAAGGAGACUGCAGAUCGGCUGGUGACUAUAUACUUGAAUCGGGAUUUGGUGACUCUACCAAUCCUUAAUCCGCAGGACUUCCGUUCAGCAUAUGAAACAGCCAGUGCCGCUGGGGCUUCUCCGCCACCGAGCGCGUUCCAUGCGACCCUCAACACUGUUUUUGCUCUUUCCUGUCUCAGUGUGGACAGCAUGGGUAAGGGGAAAGCGACUGACUUCUUCAAAGAGGGGCAAAGACUGGCGAAAUUGGUCGACCAUCACCGAUCUAUCGAUCUCAUUCGCCUAUAUCUUCUUCAAGUUCAAUAUCUCAACGCUAUAGGAGAUCUGCACACUGCUUGGGCUCUGAUAGGGACCGCAAUUCGAGUUGCACAGUCACUGCGCCUCCCGUUCCAUGCGAAACAGCAUGAGAACGGCAGAAAAGACCGAGAAACCGCUCGCCGGCUAUGGCAUGGAGCGAUGAUCAUGGAACGGAUCCUGGCGCUGCAACUCGGCAUCGCGCCGCAGACGUCGGAUGCGCUACGGGUUCCCCUACCCACACAUUUGGAUACAGACUACGUUGAUCUAAUUUGGGGUGGACAACAGAAUGCGCAGGCCGAGCGUGCGUCCGUAGUGGAGUUCUUUACUGCCUGCGCAAGGCUGUACGCACUUGUCGAUGAUAUCAUGGCUUGGGAGGAAGAAGUCAGGAUACGGCCCAACAGCUGUGCCAUGAAGAAACUGCUCUCGCUAGAUUUCAAGCUAUUCUUGAAGGCAGACAGCAUGUUGCACGAUUGGAACUUGUCUUUGCCAUCUUCUCUGCAAACUGGGAGGUCCCACAGCCCCGAUGAUCACCCCAUCGUCGUUCGACAACGGAAUAUUCUUAGAGCUCGCUAUUUGUACCUCCGGCUGCGGCUUGAUCGGCCCCUGGUGACACUUGGGCUCACCCUCUCCACCAAGUGCACCUGCAAACCAGAUGGACAGCCCCAUAUCACAGAGAGGAGGCUCUCACCGGACGCACCUGUCGCGCUGGGCUUGGUCCACGGGGCCUCCAUCAAGUGUGCUCGGGCCGCACUCGAGCUGACGGAACUCAUUCGUGCGAACGAAGCCGGUCUGCUCAGUCUCAACGCACCGCUUAACAUCCACCAUGGCCCACUGCCGCCCCACUGGGAGAUCGUCGACUACCUCUACGUCUGCGGGACGAUCUUCCUCGCCACCUUCAACCACCAAUGUCCCUUCUUCGGAGCCAUGACCGAUGAGGAGGACGAACAGUGCCGGGUCUUAUGGUCCCGCAUGCUGGACUUGCUCGCCCGCUACGCGGAACACCGCCCGACCGGCCGCGCAAAGAACACUGCCCAGGCGUGCAGAAGCACCUUGAGCGAUCUCCACGACGCCGUUGUUGAUGGCGCAGAGGGAACGGGCUGGACGGGCGAUGCCGCGGUGCUGGGACCAGAUACCCGCAACCGGGUCUUUGGGCGCAUAGAAUUGGAGUCGCCGGCGCGUCAGAGAUGGGCUUCGGGGGCUAGUUCGGCGGAUCUGGCUAGGCGUGCGCCUGAGUUCCCCGUGUGGAUGGAGAGUCUACCUGUUGAUCUAGCGGAGUGA